AUGUCUUUGAUAUUUAUGAGAGUAUCAGGGGUCCUAAUUCUACUCGUAUUUUCAAAUUUUGUGAACGCCCUUUGGCCACUACCACAAAACUGGACAAAAGGCACAUCACUUCUUCGUGUUUAUCCUAGUAUCAUUAUCAAAUAUGAUCCAAGUUUAUUAAAUUCAUAUAUAGAUCAAUUAAUAGAAUCUGCCAAGCAUCGGUUGCAAGUAUUUUUGUUAGAUGAAAAACAUCUUUCACCUAAUGUUAAAUUCCAAAUUCCAGAGGAUGAAAAAUUUGAUUCAAUAUUGACAUUAUCGUGCAUUCAGAUUGAAAUAACUGAUAAUAACAAGAGAGAUCAGGAUGAUUUAGAAGAGACAAAUAUUGAUUGGACUUAUAAUAAAGAAAUGAAGGAAGGAAUUUCGUUGGGAACAGAUGAAUCAUAUGAAUUGAUAAUACCAGAUAAGAAAGAAGAUGAUACAGAACUUGUAGCAUAUUUAAAGGCGCCGACUGUCUAUGGAAUUUUACACGGUCUUACCACUUUUUCACAAUUAUUAUAUUACAACCGAUCAGAGGAAAAUUCGGGAUUAUUCCUUCCAUUUGCACCUCAUCACAUAAAUGACUUUCCAAAAUUCAUGCACCGUGGCCUUUUACUCGACACUUCACGAAACUUUUAUCCAGUUAAAGAAAUUCUUAAAACUUUAGAUGUAAUGAGUUGGAAUAAAAUGAAUGUGUUUCAUUGGCAUAUUGUGGAUGCUACUAGUUGGCCAGUGGUUAGCGAAAAGUACCCAGAGUUGAGUGAAAAAGGAGCAUAUGACUCUAAGAAAAUGAUUUAUACAAAACGAGAUAUCAGGAUUGUUGAUGAAUACGCUAGGACGAGAGGAAUCAGGAUUAUACCAGAGUUUGAUAUGCCGGGGCAUACACAUGCUAUAGCCGCAAGCAUGCCGGAAAUUAUGACAUGUAUAGAUAUGUAUCCGGAUUGGGAUCAGUAUUCUAGUGAUCCACCAAGUGGUCAAUUAAAUCCAGCUAUACCAGAAACCUAUACUUUUCUUAAUGAAUUGGUUCCUGAAAUAGCGUCUUAUUUUACUGACAAAUUCUAUCACACUGGUGGUGACGAAGUAAACUUGAACUGCUGGGAAUCUCUUGCUCAACAAAAUGAUCAUACCAAAGAAUCCUUGUUAGAAAAAUUCGUGACCAGUCUCUAUUCAAUAAUAGCAAACGAAGGGAAAACACCAAUAACGUGGCAUGAAAUGGUAACAGAGCAUAAUUUAGAGUUGCCGAAGGAUACGGUGGUACAGGUAUGGAGGAAUAGCGCGAUGGUGAAGAAGGUGGUGGAAAAAGGGUAUAAGGUUGUGACCGGCAGUGGAGAUUACUGGUAUUUGGAUUGUGGAUAUGGUGGAUGGUAUGGUAAUAAUAUCAAGGGGAGAAGUUGGUGUGAUCCAUAUAAAACAUGGCAAAAGAUAUAUUCGUAUAAUCCUAUAGAAGGGUUAUCGGAUGAAGAAGCCAAAUUUGUUAUCGGAGGUGAAGUUCUUUUGUGGUCUGAACAAUCAGACUCUACAAACUACGAACAGCAAUUAUGGCCGCGUUCUUCAGCUGCAGCAGAGAUUUUAUGGUCCGGCCCUGAGGAUAUUAAUGGAAAUAGACGAGUACCAGAUAAGGAUGCAUUAAAAAGAUUAAAUGAUUGGAGAUUUCGAAUGGUCGAACGAGGUGUACGGGCAGAACCAUUACAGCCUUUAUGGUGUGUUCGUACUGGACGAUGCGAUAUGUAA